AUGGAAAACGUCACAGUUAACCGCCUUCAAACUGACUUCAAGGCCAAUGUUUUUAGAAAAAUUAUCACUUCUGCAAGAGGAGAUUUAUCCGUUCCGCUUCCAAAUUGUUCAUCUUUGAUAAAAUGUUCAAUUUGUCACGAUAUACUGAAGAAUCCAAAGAUUUUGUCUUGUUUUCAUCACUUUUGUGCUGAAUGCAUUGGUGAACAUCACAGACAGACACAGAACGGGAAUGAAGCCAGGUGUCCAAUUUGUCGGCGACCCUUUGUUUUGGAUUUUGCCGGAGCAUCAGAUUUGCCAACAUGUCCAUAUGCUCAAGCUAUGUUGGAUGAAAUUGAAAAGGUCAAAAGGGAGAAAAAAGAGAAAAGACAGACAUUAAAAUAUUGCAAUGCAAUGUGCCAGGAUGAAAACGUGACACGACGUGCUAUAUUUAGCUGCUCCACAUGCCCCUGUGAUCUGUGUGAAAUUUGUAUGAAAGCACAUACAAAGUUUCUUAGGACCCAUAUUUUAAUUUCACUAGAUGAGAAUGAAACUGAUAAAUCUGAUCCCAUUUUGAAAAUAAUUACAGAUAUCACUACAAGCACGUGUUCUCUUCAUUCACAAAGUGAAGUAGAUCAGUUGUGCAAAGCAUGUAGCAUUCCUUUCUGUAAGGAGUGCGAGCGCAGUCACUCUGGGCAUGAAGUUAUUACUUUACAAACAAUAAAGAGCGGAACUAAAGCAAUGAGAGAAGGAAUCGUUAAACGUAAAGAUGUUUUGGAAAAAUUCAAGGGAGACCUUAAUGGAUUCAUGAUUAUGCUCCAGACAGGAGAAGAAAAAGCUCUACGCGAGAUUUCAGAUUAUUACACUGGAUGGAUACAGAAAUUAACAGAACACCGGGAAGAAAUCAGUGAUGAUCUUAGAAGGAAAUCGACUAGGAUACAAAAUGAUGUCAUAACUCACCUGAAAUCUCUUGAUGAUCAGAGCGUCUUUGCAGAACGAUUCCUUUAUAAUUUAAAUCGAUUAUACGCAGCUGGAAAUAACAAAUCGACAUUGAGCACGUGGGAUUUAAUUAUUGAAAAUUAUGAAAAACUGAGGGAAAACGAAAAAGAUGAUAUUUAUCUUCCAGAAAAAUUUGCAUUUCGUUUUGUGAAACCGAGGCAGGAUUUUAAAAUUUUUGGAAAAAUCAUUGAGGCUAAGGCAUAUUACGAUCUGUACGGAAUGUUUCGAGAUGACAAAUAUGUAACUGGGGAGCAAGAAAAUGCCACCAACAAGUCAGAAAUGACAUUUCCAGACAUAGGAAAUGCAUCAGACAAUGAAUAUGAAUAUCAAGAAAAUGGACAGAAAAUACAAGACAAUAUAGAUGAAAGUGUACAUGAGGAUUAUACAGUUAUGCACAAAAUUAGAGCCAUUGACAACAAUUUUAUUUCUGGUGAUUCUACAGGUUUUAGUGAUGACGAGGAGACAGCAGUAAAAAGAAUUGAGAGUCAGGACGAUUCAACACCCCUAACACUAUCAAAUGAUUUCGAAGGAGGCACAAUGUUACCUGAUGGAAAUAUUCUAUUAACAAGCUUUAAUGCAGGAGAGUUGAUGAUAUGUAAAGAAAGCGGUGAAGUUUUAAAACGUGAAAAAGCAAAGUAUGUGUGGGAUGCAGCAACUGGAGUUGACGAAUCUGGCUUUCCACAUGUUUACGUAACCUUUGUGAAACCAAGUACGCCAUUUUUGAAAAGAAUCUUUUCUAAGCAAGAGAAUUCCUAG